GUUAAUUUUUUUCUCUUCUUUCUCGAUCAAUGGAGGGUGAAUUGCAGUUGGAGCCAGCAGAUGCUCGAAACCCUAGUGAUUCUGAUCCUCUUUUAGGAAACCAGAUCGAUCCUCCAUCUCCGGAGAGUUCGAGCGAGAUUAGGAAUGAAGAUAUCGAGAAUGGUUCUGCUCCUUGUUGCCGCAUUUGCCUCGAGUGCGAUGGUGAAGAAGAUGAUGAACUAAUAUCUCCAUGUAUGUGCAAAGGCACCCAGCAGUUUGUUCAUCGUGCUUGCCUUGAUCAUUGGCGUUCGGUAAAGGAAGGAUUUGCUUUCUCCCAUUGCACGACUUGCAUGGCUCAGUUUCACCUUCGAGUUGAAUUUUUUGAGGACAACUCUUGGCGUAAAAUAAAGUUCAAACUUUUUGUGGCAAGAGAUGUCUUUCUUGUGUUCUUGGCUGUACAAACUGUGAUUACUACAAUGGGAGGUUUUGCAUAUGUCAUGGAUAAAGAUGGGGCUUUCCGGAAGUCAUUCAGUGAUGGUUGGGAUCGCAUACUGUCAAACCAUCCCAUACCAUUUUAUUAUUGCAUAGGGGUGCUUGCCUUCUUUGUGUUGCUCGGAUUUUUUGGUCUCAUAUUGCAUUGCUCCUCCCUCAAUAGCAACGACCCGCGAAUGGCUGGAUGCCAGAAUUGUUGUUACGGGUGGGGUAUAUUGGAUUGCUUUCCUGCAUCUAUGGAAGCAUGCUUUGCACUGGUGGUGGUUUUCGUUGUGAUCUUUGCCAUUCUGGGGAUAGCUUACGGUUUUCUUGCUGCCACCAUGGCAAUUCAGCGGAUCUGGCAGAAACACUACCAUAUUCUUACUAAGAGGGAGCUUACUAAGGAGUACAUUGUGGAGGACCUUCACGGCUCUUAUACCCCACCAAAACUUGAUCCGGAACACGAAGAGCGCUUGAAAAUGAUGAAGCUUUUGUAGUGUGAAGGAAUAGGCAUUUGAGGUGAGUCUUUCAAAGUAUUCAGAAUA